AUGGUUACUUCCCGAGCUUGUCUACCUUGCAGAACCGCCAAGACUAAGUGCGACCUCAAAAGACCGACAUGUAGCUUUUGCUCGAGGCGCAAAAUCGCUUGCGGCGGAUAUGCGUCGGAUGCUGACUACAUGUCGCGGAAUCAAAAUGUAACGGCCAAAGUAAAUUCUGAGCGGGCUCGUCGUCGUUCAAAACAUGCAACGAAUGGACUUCUUCUCUACGGUACGGACACGCACCAUGAUUUACGCGUAUUGAGCAUUGACGCCCGACAAGGUUGUGAGCCCCGUCCUUCUCUUGCUAAACCAUGGAAUCUAGCUGACCAGAAAGCUUGGUUGAGUAUCCCUAGCCCUGUUCUAUACAGGCUCGAGGACAGGAUACUGGAUGUGUUCUACGCGGAAUGGGUUUCGAGACCUAGUACCGAUUUCAAGCACCCUGGGUACCUAGACCUGCUACCCGAGAUGAAAGUAAAGGCUGCUCCAGCCUCUGCGUUGAACCUUGCGGUUGAAGCUUUUGCGUUAGCCAAUGGUGGGAACCUCAUGAGCUGUGAUGGGAACCUGAAGCAGAUGGCAUUCUCUAGAUACGGGGCUGCGCUGGAGUCUGUUAGAAAGGCGAUGGUGCACCAUAGCAUUUUCGCUGAUGAUGCAACAUUGAUGGGGAUCAUGGCCAUUGAUAUGUUUGAGGUUGUUUUCAUGGUCAGAGAAGAGCCCCUCAGACUUCGCAAUGAUGCGAUCGAGUAUUUGCUUGCAGUCAGAGGAGUUGAGCAGAUUCAAUCCGACGUUGGCCUUGCCCUUUAUCGAAUGGCUAACCACCGUUUGCAAGUGAGACAACUUGGCUUCGGACUCGAACCUCUGCCAGUACAACUGGCCUGUAUCGACAUGCUGGAUCUCUCCGUGCCGAGAUAUAGUCUCUGCAAGAUGCAACUUGAAGCUCAGCAAACCCUGGCCAUGACUCGAGAUCUUAGCUUCUUUCAUUGGGAAGAUUUGUCACUUUUGAUCAUCAGGAUCCAGGUGCAGUUGGAAGAGUAUGAGCAAUGGAAGGCCUGCCUCCCUGAAUCAUGGGUGCCAAAGCGUAUCCAAAUUGCUGAACAUAGGGAUGUUCUGCAGGCGUUGAUAGCACGUUCUAUCCCACUUACAGAUCACGUCUGUGUUUACAAGGAGUCGUUCAUUGCGCACCAGAUGUCGUUCUUCUACCAUGGAGAACUAGCCUUGAGGUCGGCAUUGAUCGACGCUCUCUUUGCGAUGAAAAACAUGUUUUUGAGGCAACCCGAUUUCGAACAUGAGAUUGAAACACAACAAACCGCCAUAUCACGUAUAUCAGAUAUUCUUGUCGAGUCGAUCAACCCGCUAUUAGCCUCAAUCCAUUUUGACGACUGCGGCUCGCUCUGUCUAGCCCAAGAACGGAUUACUGUCUGCUAUACUCGUGGGAUAUGCUGGGCUCUUCAGCAAGAGAAGCGAGUAGCGGCUGAACACAAAAGCUUCACCUACCGAAUUGAGAAUUGGAUUCGACAACAAAUCGGUUUGGCAUGUCAAUAA